GUAGUAGCAGCAAAGCCAGCUUCUACAUAUCAAACCCUGCGGCUGUUGGCUUCAGUGAGGCGCUCCCAGUCGGACCGAGAUGUUAUCAGCUUGUUUCAUGGCUUGGUAGAGACAUACAGUUUCUGUCUCGACUCCUUACUCCCACUGCGACAGUCAGUGCCAACCAUGGAGUAUCUGCUGCAGGUGAAAAUCGGAGCUCUGAUCGGCUUGUUGCUCCUGACUCUUCUGUUUGGAUUCAUCCCUGCGAAAGUAAAAUGGUUCAGAGACACAAACGGGACAGAAGCCCAUCGGAUAGUUCUGAGCCUGAUCAGCUGUUUUGCCGGCGGCGUUUUUCUGGCCGCAUGUUUGCUCGACAUCAUCCCAGAUUACCUGUCGGACAUCAGCGCAGAGCUGGAUGUUCAGAAGCUGGAGACCAGCUUUCCCCUGCCAGAGUUCAUCAUGGCUGCUGGUUUCUUUACGGUUCUCAUACUGGAGAAAAUGGUCUUGAGCUUCCGUCAGAUGAGAGGGGCUCGCGAUGAGAGGGCAUCACUGUUAUCAGAGAACGGGCACGGGCACGGGCACGGCGGGGCCGUCACGACGUCCGACCUGGAGAGCAGCGGCCACCACGUCCACGUCGACUUCCAGGCUCACUCCCCCUUUCGCUCCUUUAUGCUCUUCCUCUCCCUCUCACUCCAUUCAGUUUUUGAGGGGCUCGCUAUCGGCCUCCAGAGCACUGACUCAAAGGUGUUGGAGAUCUGCAUCGCCAUUCUGGUCCACAAGAGCAUCAUAGUGUUUAGCCUGUCUGUGAAGCUGGUCCAGAGCGCCAUUCGGCCGUUUUGGAUUGCCGCGUACAUUGGCGUGUUCGCCCUGAUGUCACCUUUAGGCAUCGCCAUCGGCAUCAGCGUGAUGGAGGCGGAGCUUGCGGCCGGAGCUCUGAUUCAGGCCAUCCUGGAGGGGCUCGCUGCUGGAACGUUCAUUUACAUCACCUUCAUGGAGAUCCUGCCGCACGAGCUUAACUCAGCCGGGAACCAGGUCCUCAAGGUGUUCUUCAUCCUGCUGGGUUUCACCAUCAUGGCUGCGCUGACGUUUUUAGGCUGAGAGCUCAGCAGGAGCAUCUGUGGGGAUUCAACUUGUCCACUUUGUGCCUCCUACCUCUGCUUCCACAAACAUGUUGCUCUGUUUAUCUCAGAAACUAUCAGCAUUUUAAACAAAUAUAACUGCAUUCUUACAUUAACUUUUGACAUUUCUAAGUUGAAAUGAUUUUCACAACAUGCUUGUUUUUUCUUGCCUGAAAGAGUGUUUAUGGUGCAGGAAAUCAGAUCAUCUUUAUACAUUGUUUUUAUCUAUACUUUGAUUUUAUCUAUAGAGGAACAACCUUACACAUGUGCAAUAAAAAAAGAACAUACUUUUUCUUUUAAGCCUUCAGAGCUGUAUCAAAUCAGAGUUUUUUUGUACGUUUUACAAUGUUAAUGAAGCAACUGGAAACAACGGACAGUUUGAAGCAUGAGAUGCCCUGUAAGUCAAGUGUCUCAGUUCUUCUAUUUAAAUGAAAUGUUGUCAUUAUAUCUGUCUGUCAAAGGAGGUUUGACAGCAUCCACUUCCCAAAAAGCUUUAAUUGCACUCUUUUAAAUGUUACACUCCUUGUUUAUGGGAUACAUUUCCUCUAAACACAACGAUUUUAUUGUUUUAGUAAACUUUAAAAUUGCUGUUGCACUGAUGUUUUUCAGAAAAAAUAAUGUGUUUCUCAAAUUCAUACACUCAACCUACUUAAAAAGUGACAUAUUCCAAGGUUUCAGUUCUGUGUCACAAUUUCUAUCUUAGCUUGUCAUGUGUUGGUCCGAUUGUUUCCUCAUUGUGGUCAGUAUGCAGGAAACAGAAAUCUUUGCUUUUUGUCAGCAAAAAUAUUGAUGUCACCUAAAACUUUGCAGACUGUUUUCAACUUUUUUUUUUUACUCGUUUCAUUUCAAGGAAACGGCGACCACAGCUUCCACUUCUGUCUUUGUUUACAGAGUGUCACACUGACACCUAUUUUGCUUUGUAAAGUGUGAAAACCAGUUAAAAACAAAAACUGUGUGACUGUGUAUGACUACCUGUUUAACUGAGAUUGUGCCUUAUCAUUGUUCAUCUUUUCAACGAGGUCACUGAUUUAAACCAGAGUAAAGAGAUUAUGACACUAAAA